AUGACAUCAAUUCGAGCUCUUAUUGCUAUUGUUGCUGCUCAACAGUGGUCUCUCUAUCAUCUUGAUGUGAAGAACACUUUUCUUCAUGGUGAUCUUCACGAAGAAGUUUAUAUGCAACCUCCUCCAGGUCUUCCUCAUUUAUCGGGUCAAAGUGAGGCCGAUCAUGCAAUGUUUGUUCAUACCUCUAGUCGAGGACACACUAUUCUUCUGCUUUAUGUUGAUGAUAUGGUCAUUACUGGCAUUGCAUAUGGGCCACGAGGAUAUCUUCUUUCUCAACAAAAAUACAUUUCUGAUCUUUUGGCUCGAGCUGAGUUGACUGGUGAUCAGAUCGCCGACACACCUAUUCAGCUCCAUAAAAAACUAGCACCUGAUACAGGAGAACUCUUGGAAAAUCCCACUCGAUAUCGUGAAAUUGUUGGUGCUUUGGUGUAUCUCACUAUUUCUCGACCAGAUAUUGCUUUUGUUGUUCAUGUGGUGAGUCAAUUUGUUCAAUCUCCUACCUCAAUUCACUAUGUUGCUGUACUUCGUAUUCUACGCUAUCUUCGUGACACUUCAUCUAGAGCUCUUUUGUUUUCCUCAACAUCAAACCUACAACUUCGUGCGUUCACUGACUCCAACUGGGCCGGUGACAUUAGAGAUCGUCGAUCUAUUACUGGUUUUUGUGUAUUUCUUGGUGAUACCCUAAUAUCAUGGUGA